UUCGCCACCCGAAGGCCGAAGCACCCUUCUCAUCCGGCCGGAUAAGAUAACACCACCUGCUCGGGCACGAGCAGCAGCUCGAGCGCCUCCUCCCACCCCACAGCCAUGGCCACCACCGCCACCUCCCCGCUCUUCUCCCUGUCCUCCCUCUCCGCCUCCCUCCCUUCUCCCACACGACCCCCCUCCUCCCUCCCCAUCCGCUCCCUCUCCCCCCGUGCCUGCCUCUCGGCCUCCCUCCCGUUCGCCUCCCCCCUCGGUGGAUUUGGGAAUUGGGCGUCGACAUCGUCGGCGGGGAGGUGGAGGAAGCGGGGGCUGGAGGUGGUGUGCGAGGCCACGACGGGGCGGCGGCCGGACUCGGUUAAGAAGAGGGAGCGCCAGAACGACAGGCACCGCAUCCGAAACCAUGCGCGCAAGGCCGAGAUGCGCACCAGGAUGAAGAAGGUCUUCAGAGCACUCGAGAAGCUUAGGAAGAAAGCUGAUGCCCAACCUGAAGAAAUCAUUGAAAUAGAGAAAAUGAUCUCUGAGGCAUACAAAGCUAUCGACAAGACAGUGAAGGUCGGCGCCAUGCACAGGAACACUGGGAACCAUCGCAAGUCCAGGCUUGCAAGGAGGAAGAAGGCUAUUGAAAUACUCCGUGGUUGGUACGUUCCAAAUGCUGAGCCUGCUGCUGCCGCCUAGUUUCUUGAGAAAUCAUCAUGAAUUUGUGGCAGCUUUGUUUUCAUCAAACCUCAUCAGUUUUGGACAUCAUAUGUUGUUUAAAAAGUCGAUAGCUUGCCAAAUUCUCUCCAUUGCAAGUGGUCUUUGUAAUAGAAGCCUUGACGUAGAGUUGGCCCAUUUCUUCUCCCUGAUUUCUGUUCUUCACAUCACUGUUGUAAAACUUCAGACUGGAAAUUUGAAAUAUAUAUGUCCUAUGGUGUA